CAGAGAUCGAGCGAGAAAGCAAGUCAAGAAAGAAGAAGAAGAAGAAGAAGCAGCAGCAGCAGCAGCAGCAUCACCAUGUCUUCGAGGGACAGAAAGAGAGCAGCUCUCUAUCAGAAGUUGCAGCAGCUUCGCGCUGCUACCAACUCCACCGCGGUGAACAAGACCUCCAUCAUAGUGGACGCAACCAAAUACAUCUCCAAGCUGAAAGAGGAAGUGGAGAGACUCGACCAAGAAGCCGGAACCUCUCAGACUUCGCCAAACCGGUUGCCUGUGGAGGUGACGGUGGAUACCCUGAAUAGAGGGUUCCGCAUCAACGUGUAUUCGGAAAGGAACUGUCCCGGUUUGUUGGUUUCCAUACUGGAAGCUUUCGAGGAGCUCGGGCUUAACGUUCUCGAUGCUAGGGUUUCUUGCUCCGACAACUUCCACCUCGAAGCCGUAGGAGGAGAAGAUCAUGGCGACGGCAUGGACGCUCAGGAGGUGAAGCAGGCGGUUUUGGAAGCUAUUAAGAGCUGGAGCGAAAGGAACGAGUGAGCCAAGAUGACCAAUGCCGACCAAAACUCUGCUUGCUUAGCUUAUUAGCCCUCCUCUUUCCCGUAGUUUUCUAGCAUUUGCAUCUCUACUUCCAUUUCCCUUGGCAUUAGACCAUCAAAUG